CGAUAGUCCAAAUGUUUGGCAUCCAACUAGUCAACUCUAUCCUCUAUUUUGCUCAGGCAAGGAUUUAGGGAGCUAAAAGCAUGGGCUGGGGCUUAGCACUCCCUUGCUGUGAGGCAGAGAUCGACUCUUUAUGUUCACUGCGCAUGCGCCGAUUCUCUCUUUUCCGGAGGCCACCAUGGCGGGUGAAGAACCAAAAAAGAAGGUGCCUUCAGUUCCAGAAAGCCUUUUGAAGAAAAGGAAGGCUUUUGCUGAUAUAAAGGCCAGACGUCUGAAGAGACUAUUGGUUCAGAAGAAGUUGCGAAAGAAUGAACGAAAACUUAUCUAUAAAAGAGCUCAGGCUUACCACAAAGAAUACAGACAGAUGUAUCGACGUGAGAUUCGCAUGGCCCGAAUGGCUCGCAAAGCUGGCAAUUACUAUGUACCUGCUGAACCCAAACUGGCAUUUGUAAUCAGAAUCAGAGGCAUCAAUGGAGUCAGUCCCAAGGUUCGAAAGGUACUGCAGCUUCUUCGUCUGCGCCAAAUUUUCAAUGGGACAUUUGUGAAACUCAACAAAGCAUCCAUUAACAUGCUGAGGAUUGUUGAACCCUACAUUGCAUGGGGUUAUCCCAACUUAAAAUCUGUGCAUGAAUUGAUCUACAAGCGAGGCUAUGGCAAAAUCAACAAAAAGCGUAUUGCUUUGACUGACAACACUCUGAUUAAGAGAAGUCUAAAAAAGUAUGGCAUCAUUUGCAUGGAAGAUCUGAUCCAUGAAAUCUACACUGUUGGCAAAAACUUCAAGGCAGCAAACAACUUCCUCUGGCCAUUCAAGCUGUCUUCUCCACGGGGUGGAAUGAAGAAGAAAACUACCCACUUUGUAGAAGGUGGUGAUGCAGGGAACAGGGAAGACCAGAUUAACAGACUUAUAAGAAGAAUGAAUUAAUGGUAUGAUGAAGUGGGGAAUUAUAUGUUAAUACUGUACAAGUUCGUAAAGUUAGUGAUGUUUCUGAAGGCUAGAGUACAAGCAUCUGCAGCUCUGAAAGCCUGUCUUUAAGGUGAUGCAGGCCUCAGUUAUUGCAUUCUUCAUUGACUCAGAAAGUAAAUGUGAUAGGUUAAAGUCCCUUUCUUUGUUACUUCAUUUAACCUAAGCACCUUUCAGUUUAAGCUUGCAUGAAUGGGGAAUUGCCUGGAAUGUUGAUAGAAGAAUGGGAUAUGUUAAAGGAGAUACUGUGGUUCAAGCCCAGUGUUAUACCUCCAUUUUGCAAGGCAUUGAAUAUUUCCUGCCUCCAUUUUUUUCCCUUCAGGUUAAUCAUGAAGCAAAGGCUUUCCUGGUCUGAUUCGUAUUUAUGUAUUUUUAAUUUAAGUGCUUACUUUGUAGAAGCAAGUUACUUAAACCGACUUGAAUUCAACAGUUCUGCAAAUAACACCUACAAAGGUAGUAGGCAGAAGUUGUUGCUGGUCAGGUUACCCACACACCUUAAUGACUAGCCUAGAGGGGAGGGAAGAGAACCACUACCUGGAUGUUUACAACCCUGGAUUAAAAUUCUGUCAGUUACACAGGGGGUAAUGUUACUGUUCAGUCAGUUUGAGAUCUUGAGUCAAUUUCUGUUAGACAUAUCUUAAGCCUGUUUUAGUUAAUUUCAUCUCCAUACUUACUAGGAAUAGAAAUAAUAGAAAAUAGUGGAUAAUAAAACAUGUUUGAUAAACUA